AAUAUUCAUAACAAUUUGAACAUUUAAAAACCAGAGAAGAAAAAAGCACCACCAUCUUCAACCUCGCGUUAACUCAAUGUACAGACAACACUAAGCUCAAUCCAAAUCGCUUUCCAUUGCUUUGUUUCUUCAAUCUUCCAAUACUUCCUUUCUCUCUUCGAUUCAGUGAGAGAGAGAGAGAGAGAAUGAAGUUCUCACCGUUGCAGCAGCAGAAUCGCCGGAGCAACAGCUUCAGAGGAGGAGGACCGCCGUCGUCCGAAUCCUCCGGCGAAGUCACCGGAAAGUCGCCAGCGUCCGCCUUCUGGCUUUUCCUCCAUAUCGCCUGCUGCGUCGUCAGCAUCAUCAUCGGAUUCCGCUUCUCCCGCCUCUUCUUCUUGUUCCUGUUUUCCUCUUCCUCCACCAACCUCAACGCGGUUCCUCUCCGCCGUGGAGAGGAAGUCACCGGCGCGGUCAGCUUCCAUUCCACCGUCGACGCGAGUGAGACUCCGGCUAACAGUACUGUUCCGGCAGGUGGCUCCACCGGCAGUCGUGUGGUCGUGGGGCGUCACGGGAUCCGGAUCCGGCCGUGGCCGCAUCCGAAUCCGGGUGAGGUGAUGAAGGCUCACCGGAUAAUUGAGCGAGUUCAGGCGGAGCAGAGGGCGUUGUUUGGAAUGAAGAACCCUAGGACGGUGAUUGCGGUGACGCCGACUUACGUGCGAACGUUCCAGAAGCUUCACUUGACCGGCGUGAUGCACUCGCUGAUGCUUGUGCCGUACGAUCUGGUGUGGAUCGUGGUGGAGGCUGGUGGAGUCACCAAUGAGACUGCUUCUAUCAUUGCUGAGUCAGGGCUCAGAAUCAGCCACAUUGGCUUCAAUCAACGGAUGCCGAUUUCAUGGGAUGCUAGGCAUAAAUUGGAGGCCAGGAUGCGGCUUCAUGCUCUGAGGAUUGUGAGAGAAGAGAAGCUGGAUGGUGUUGUGAUGUUUGCAGAUGAUAGCAAUAUGCACAGCAUGGAGCUAUUUGAUGAAAUUCAGAGACUGAAAUGGGUGGGGGCAGUUUCUGUUGGAAUACUAGUUCAUUCUAAUACAGAAGAAUCUUCAUCCUCACAGGGUGAGGAGGAGGGCCCGCCGAUGCCAAUACAAGGUCCUGCUUGUAAUGGGACCAGUCAUUUGGUUGGGUGGCAUACCUUCAAUUCGUUACAAUAUAAAGGAAAGAGUGCUGUUUACAUAGAUGACCGGGCUCCUGUGCUGCCCAGAAAGCUUGAAUGGUCUGGGUUUGUGUUGAAUUCCAGGUUGCUUUGGAAGGAUCAUGAUGAUAAGCCAGACUGGAUUAAGGAUCUUGAAGCGUUAGAUGGAGAUGGUGACUAUAUAGACAGCCCACUGGUUCUGCUGAAGGAUACCUCUGUGGUAGAGCCACUCGGCACUUGUGGACGCCAAGUUUUGCUUUGGUGGCUGAGAGUUGAAGCACGCACAGACAGCAAAUUUCCUCCUCAAUGGAUAAUCGACCCUCCUUUGGAUAUCACCGUUCCAUCAAAACGCACUCCAUGGCCAGACGCUCCUCCGGAGCACCCAGUUAAAGAAAAAGUGCUAAUUGGCACACAAGAACAGACAACCAAGCAUUCUACAAAGACUAGAACUUCCAGAUCUAGGCAUGCCCGUAGUAAAAGAAAACAUGACACCAAAGUGAUAGGUGUGCAAGUCUCUGCACAUUCUAAAUCUGAACAAAACUAAAAUGUUAAUAACUGCAAUUUAGAAAUAUAUAUUGCUUUGUGGAUAUGAGAUUGCUGGCCCUCAUUGAUAAGAAUCUGGAUUUAACAAAUGAAAUAGCUGAUGUUCUUACUGGAUACAUCCACUUGGGUACCUUCGGGGUGGCCAGCAUUUUGCAUUCGAGUCUGAUUUUACCAAUUUUUUACAUAGAUUUUUUUGUUGACGUGAUAUAUUCGCAUGAAGCAAUGCCAACUUUGUUUUGCAGCAUUUGCUUCAUUGAAGGAAGCUUGUAAUAUUUUUUUCAAUAUAAUACAAGUUCGGCUCAACUCUCAAGUGGAGUAUAUAGUUGUUUGUUCCUUUUGUAAAAAACAUUAUUUUUCCUGCU